AUGGCUGGCAGUGAGCAACAGCAACAACACAACAGCGCCAAGCGCCGCAGACUCGACACCGACUCCAGCGAUGCCGAACAUCACCUCUCCAUCAAGCCUCGCGAUGGCCGCACGCACCACCCAUUCACGAGAUCGCGCACCCGACCGCAGAGUCCCCACGACCGCUUCGAGGGCCCGGAGCCCGGGGUGGACGACAGCAGCGCCGUCGCCGCCCUAGAUCGCGACUGGUAUACCUACGGCGAGGAAGGCACCGUGCUCGGCGAUGAGACGCACAACCCCUUCGAUGGCGGUGGCGGAGGAGGAAUGGAAGCUUCCUGGGCGGACCAGGAACGCGAGAGGGAAUUACACGAGAAGAAACUCGCGGUGCGGCGGCGGAUCAAUCCGAAAUUCCUACAGCGACAGCGGGAUAACGAUGCGUGGGAGACGAAUCGCAUGCUGGCGAGUAGCGUGGCGCAGACGCGCGAGGGGGGCGUUUUCGACGACGACAUUGAGGGGGAGGAAGCGAUGCGGGUGCACCUGCUGGUUCACGAUCUGCGGCCGCCUUUCCUGGAUGGCAAGAGCGUGUUUACGAAAUUGAUGGAGCCCGUGAGUGCGGUGCGGGAUCCGCAGAGCGAUAUGGCGGUCUUUGCGCGCAAGGGCAGUCGGGUGGUCAAGGAGAGGAGGGUGCGGAAGGAGAGGGAGAAGCAGGCGCGGGAGGCUACGGCUGCGAAGGGGACGGCGCUGGGGAAUAUCAUGGGGGUCAAGGGGGAGGAGGAGGAUACGGAUUCUGCGAUUGCGCCGGGGGCGGGGGAAGGGAGGAAUACGGGGUCGAAGUUUUCGGAACAUCUGAAGAAGCAGGAACGACAGCCGGGACAGGGACAGUCUGAUUUCUCGAGGAGGAAAUCUCUGAGGGAGCAGAGGGAGUAUCUGCCCGCUUUUGCGGUGCGGGAGGAAUUGCUGAAGGUGGUGAGGGAUAAUCAAGUGAUUAUCGUGGUGGGACAGACGGGGUCGGGCAAGACGACGCAGUUGACGCAGUUUCUGUAUGAGGAUGGGUAUGCGAAGAAUGGCAUGAUUGGGUGCACGCAACCGAGACGUGUGGCCGCCAUGUCCGUUGCGAAGCGUGUCAGCGAGGAGAUGGAAGUUCCACUGGGUGAUCUGGUGGGGUAUGCGAUUCGAUUUGAGGAUUGCACGAGCAAGGCGACGCAGAUUAAAUACAUGACCGAUGGCGUUCUGCUCCGGGAGUCCCUCACGAACCCGGAUCUGGACCAGUAUAGCUGCAUCAUCAUGGACGAGGCGCACGAGCGAGCGCUCAAUACGGACGUUCUGAUGGGCUUGAUCAAGAAAGUACUUGCAAGACGGCGGGAUCUGAAACUCAUUGUUACGUCGGCGACGAUGAACGCGGAGCGGUUCGCUCGCUUUUACGGAGGAGCGCCCGAGUUCUUCAUUCCCGGACGAACCUUUCCCGUGGACAUUCAGUAUUCGCGAGGACCCUGCGAGGAUUAUGUGGACAGUGCUGUGAGGCAGGUUCUGGCGAUUCAUGUUAGCCAGCCGGCGGGCGAUAUCUUGGUCUUCAUGACUGGACAAGAGGAUAUUGAGGCGACGUGCGAGCUUGUGGCGGAGAGACUCGCGCAGCUGAACGACCCUCCGAAGCUCAGCAUUCUGCCCAUCUACUCGCAGAUGCCGGCGGAUUUGCAGGCCAAGAUCUUUGAUCGCGCGGCGCCGGGAGUGCGAAAAGUCAUUGUUGCGACGAAUAUCGCCGAGACUUCCCUGACGGUCGACGGGAUCAUGUAUGUCGUCGAUUGUGGGUUUAGCAAGCUGAAAGUCUACAACCCACGCAUGGGCAUGGAUACGCUUCAGAUUACGCCCAUCAGUCAAGCCAACGCAAGUCAAAGAGCUGGUCGUGCGGGGCGAACGGGACCUGGUCGUGCUUUUCAUCUCUACACCGAGCGCGCUUUCAAGGAGGAAUUCUACAUUGCGACGAUUCCUGAAAUUCAGAGGACGAAUCUGGCCAAUACUGUGUUGCUGCUGAAGAGCCUCGGGGUGAAGAAUCUCCUGGACUUUGAUUUCAUGGAUCCUCCUCCGCAGGACACCAUUACCACUUCGCUCUUCGACCUGUGGGCGUUGGGUGCCUUGACGAAUUUGGGAGAGCUGACGGAUCUGGGCAAACUCAUGACCAGCUUCCCCAUGGAUCCGUCGCUCGCCAAGCUCGUCAUCACAUCUUCGACUACUUACCGGUGUGCCGAGGAGAUGAUCACCAUCGUCUCCAUGCUCUCCGUCCCUUCCGUCUUCUAUCGCCCCAAAGAGCGCCUGGAAGAAGCCGACGCCGCGCGAGAGAAAUUCUUCGUGCACGAUUCCGAUCAUCUGACUCUUCUCACAGUCUAUCAACAGUGGGUCGCCAAUGGCCGCAAAGACGGCUGGUGCGUCAAACACUUCCUGCAUCCGAAAACUCUCCGCCGCGCGGAAGAGAUUCGACAACAGAUUACGGACAUCAUGACCUCCAACAAGAUGGAAAUCACCUCGUGCGGGUAUGACCUGGAUAUCGUGCGGGAAUGUAUCUGCUCUGGAUACUACCAUCAAGCCGCCAAACGCCGAGGCUUAGGCGAAUACGUGAAUCUGCGGACGAGCGUGACGAUGGCAUUGCAUCCCACCUCGGCGCUGUAUAACUCUGGGGAUCCGCCCGACUACGUCGUCUACCACGAACUGAUCCUCACGAGUAAAGAGUACAUGAGCGUCGCCACGGCCGUGGACGCGCACUGGCUGGCGGAUCUGGGCGGGGUGUUUUACUCCGUCAAGGAGAAGGGGUAUAGCGCGAUCCAGGGGCGGAAGGAAGUGGAAUUCUCGAAGAAGGCGGAGUUGGAGGCGGCUAUUCGGAGGGAUCGCGAGAGGCAGAAGGGGGAUGAGGAGAGGGAGAGGGAGAGGGAGAGGGAGAGGAUGGGUCCGCCGGGUGGUGGGGGGAAGAGUAGUGGUGGUGGUGGUGGUGGUGUUGGUGUUGGGAAGAAGCCCGGUGGGAAGGGGAGUAGUGCGGUUGUGAGGCCUCGUGUUGGGGGUAGGAAGAGGGGGAUCUGA